AACACAAGAAUGCAGCGCGUCAGGCCAGGGAGUGUGAGCACAGACAGAGGGCCCUUUCUUACACAGGGUGGGCAGGGCAGGGAGAAGUGACUCUGCCCUGAGAGAGUGACACACACAGGGAGAGAGGAAGAGAGAGGCAGAAAGAGCGUAAUUCAAUACAGACCAAGUAUGGGGCAAAAUUGAGAGCUUAGAGUAUAUCAACAAUAAGCAGCAGAUAUUGAAGAGGAUAUACAAGGAAGAGGAAAGGAGGAAGAGGAGCUUUACUGGCCUGGACUUCUGAAGUGUUUGCCGAAAAUCUCUCAGAGCCAGAGGAGAGUGGAUUAAAAUAGACAGGAGACUUCAGAGGACCUGAGGUAGAAUCCCCAAAUCCCAAAAGAGGGACACAAACAAACUACUCUGAGAGGCAGACUCCAUAGACCUUCCCAUCGCAGCAAGGCAAGAUCGGAAUCAUUACAACAACUGAAGGAUUUCAAAGGAAAACGUCCAUCUCUCAUAAAACUUCAUCUUUGGUCUUCAAACUUUCUUAAAUAAUGCUUCGGUCUUUAAACCCCCAGACAAGGCACUUAAGGAAGGAGGGGAGGAUAAAGAGAUUCUCCCUGCAUCAAUGAAUUUUCCAGUCUCUUGCUAUCCUCCCUUGGCAUGUGCUACUAUAUCAGCAACAUCUUCACUAUCAAGAGUUCACAAGCACUAGUUCAGGGUCAAAUCACCAUAGAAACAAUCCCCUUCCUGGUAACAGCAACACCAUUGGCUGACUAAUUCAAUAAUCUAUCCUUGUUUGCUAUUGUGGUUGGCUUCUUCAAUAGAUGACCCUCAAAAGGAGUUGCUAAGACACUCACUGUCAGUGAACCAUGAAGGAAGACAUCUUGGAUUUUUUCAGUAACUUGUGGAAGGUGGCCACCACCAAGCAUGACCAGGGGAUCUACAAUACAGUCUGCCUGGUGGUGCUGCUAGCCCUGCCUAUGGUGGUGCUCUUCACUUCUCUGGUGGUGUGCUGCCACUGCUGCUGCUGUCGCCAGGCCAACUCCACUGGUUGCUGCGGAGACAGCCCAAGUUCAGACACAGCAAAAGCAGACAAAAAGAAGAAGAAGAGUCCCAAAAAUGAGGACUUGUGGAUCUCGGUCAAAACAGGACCUAUGACACAAGACAGGGUUGCCCUGACGAUGGUGUAGUAGUCGCGACUGAUGUUCAGAUAAGGUUUCAUUCUUUUGUAUUUCUAUGAAGCUCUUUUUUACUGCAAGGUACAGGUACAUAAUGCCGGGCAAGGCCAGGCCUUAGUCUUUUAAAGGCCCUAAGCGAUAUUUGUUUUUAAGUUUUAAAGUUAAAUUCCUGCAAUUCUACACAUUUUGCCAUGGGGUGUACAGAAAAUGUUGCAGUUUUAAAUCAUCUUUUUCCAUUUCUACACAUUUUGCCAUGGCGCAGAAAGAACUUUUGCAAUUUUAUAACAAAUUUCAUGCCAUUCUACACAUUUUGCCAUGGGGUAGAGAUACAUUUUUUGACCAUUUGAAAGCAACUUUCCUGCAAUUCGACAUAUUUUGCCAUGAUUUAAUGAUACCUGAGUGACAGUGACGAACAAAAUCAACGAGGGCCCCAUGGAGGUCAGGGCCCCUAGGAACGUGAACUGCGUGCCCAGUCGGUAUUCAGCCAUGAUUAUGCCUGGAGCCGGCACUGGUGUUCAACAUGCUCCAUAGAAACUCCUGAAAGAGACUAAAAGAGCCAAUAAUAUGUGAUUGAUUGUGUGUGUGCGUGCAUGUAUAUGUGUGCCUGUGCAUAUGCACGUACGUGUUACUCUCGAACUCAACUCUGUACCUUGAAGCUAGUUCCACAGCAUGUUUUGUAUUGUUUCCUUCUAAUCACAGACUGAUUUAGACCUGAGACACCAGGUGUGUGCAAUUACCAAUCAGAUAGAACAGAAAACCUGCAGGCUCCAGACCUCAAAGGGUAAGAGUUGAAUACCCCUGUGUUAGAGUGUGCACUCAACCAGAAGGUUGAGGACUGCUUUUUAUUUCCAACGCUGGAGGCCAGCAAUCUAGUAUUGUGAUUCGGUUAGAAAGAUCAUGUUUUUUAUAGGUUAGACCAUUUCAAGUUCAAAGCACUUGCAGUUAUUGCACUUAUAAUGUGAACAAUGUGAACUUAUGUAACUACUUUGAAAUCUUUUGCUGUAUCUGCUAUAUCCACUAAAUGGAGAUCUCAAUUCCAUUCAUGAGUUGACUAUCAAUCGCUGAAUUGAAUAGAACAAAGUGAAGCACCGAGAUCUUCCAUUUACAUUCCCGUAGAGUGUUUCUACCCAACAGUUCCAUGUGUUACGUUACCUUAUGCUCACAUUGCCAUGUGUACUGUCUUGCACUGUCCCUAUUGGUUCAUAAAAUCAUUAUGCGUUGUUAUUAUUAUUAUUUCCAGGCUCUCAGACUUUGGGGUGCUAAGUGGAUCCUUCUUACAUCUUUAUCCCUCAGUGCCAAUAGCCAUCAUUUCACAUGUAGUGAUAUUUACUGGCAUGUCAUAGUUGAGGUACUAUGCCGUCAUUCAGUAUUGUCUACACCAUUGUGUUGAUAAAAUAGAAGUUGUGUGCAUAUGGGGCAUUGUGUGCUAAAUGCACACAUUUUGGGGCGGCAUGUCGCCUAGAGGUUAGAGUGUUGGGCCAGUAGCCGAAAGGUUGCUAGAUCAAAUCCCUGACCUGACAUGGUAGAAAUAUGUUGUUCUGCCCCUGAACAAGGCAGUUAACCCACUGUUCCUAGGAUGUCAUUGUAAAUAAGAGUUUGUACUUAACUGACUUGCCUAGUUAAAUAAAAUAAAAAUGUAUGCAAAUAGAAGGUUAUAAUUGAUUUACAAAUCCGGUGACAAA